GAACCCUCCGGCGACUACACCAUCUACGAUGGCCGAUAGUCGAAGGUUUCGAUAUUUCGGUUGUGGUUACCUUUAAUUUAUUGACAAAAAUGUAAUACCCUCUAUUUUUAAUUGGCCAUGUUACCUACGCACGCGGCAUGAUAAGAAACACUCCGCUCGCGUUUAUGUUGUUCCCAAUAUAAGUAACCGCGGGUGCUUUUAUUCAAGAUUUUCCCCGACAUCUGACAUCGACGCGAAGAUGUCUUCUAAGAGUGAAUUAAAAAAGUUGUCAGAGGAAAGUCUGACAAGACAACCGGAGGAGGUGUUUGACAUUAUAUGCAAACUAGGGGAAGGAUCUUAUGGAUCAGUUUACAAAGCGUUGCAUAAGGAAAGUGGACAGGUGCUUGCGAUCAAGCAAGUACCAGUGGACACGGAUUUGCAGGAAAUCAUCAAGGAAAUCUCAAUUAUGCAGCAAUGCGACUCUCCUUAUGUUGUUAAAUAUUACGGAAGUUACUUUAAGAAUACAGAUUUAUGGAUUGUGAUGGAGUAUUGCGGAGCAGGUUCUGUUAGCGAUAUAAUGAGGUUAAGGAAGAAGACUCUUCAAGAAGAUGAGAUUGCAACAAUCCUGAGCGAUACCUUGAAAGGACUGGAGUACUUGCACCUGAGAAGGAAAAUCCACAGGGACAUCAAGGCUGGGAACAUUCUCCUGAACAAUGAAGGCCAUGCAAAACUGGCAGAUUUUGGUGUGGCUGGUCAAUUAACGGAUACUAUGGCUAAACGCAACACAGUCAUCGGCACGCCAUUCUGGAUGGCACCAGAGGUGAUACAAGAGAUCGGUUACGAUUGUGUCGCCGAUAUCUGGUCACUCGGCAUUACAGCCUUAGAGAUGGCUGAGGGCAAGCCACCAUACGGCGACAUACACCCGAUGAGGGCGAUAUUUAUGAUUCCGACUAAGCCACCGCCUAGUUUUAGAGAACCCGAUCAGUGGAGUCCAGAAUUCAUCGAUUUUGUCAGUGGGUGCCUUGUAAAAAAUCCCGAAGAGAGAGCUACCGCUACCGAGCUUUUACAUCACGAGUUCAUAGGUAACGCUAAGCAACCGAGUAUCUUGAGUCAAAUGAUCGCCGAAGCCCAUGAGAUACGAGAGAAGCAAAGCGCGCAUAGAGCUCAUGUUAUAAACAACGUGGCGAUUAAGAGUCAAAAUCAGACGGAAGAUUCGGAUGAGGACGAUUGCAGUGGCACGAUGAAACCGUUGCCGGAGGACAGCAGAACUCUGGUGCCAAGUCAUGAUCUUCCAGACACGGGUACUUUAGUUUCAGCAAUGUUGGACUUGGGUACGAUGGUCAUCAACAGUGACACAGACACCGAGGCCACCAUGAAGAGACAUAACACCGGCUCCGUGGAAUCCGGCAAAAAAUAUCGACCCUUGUUCUUAGAUCACUUCGACAAGAAAGAAGCACCUGAGAUCGGCAAGGGCAAUGGACAGAUAUUGGGAGCGCAUAAUUCCGAGAACGCAAACAAAUUGGAGCUGCCAAGUCCCACCGAAUCUCAGAGAUUUCAGAGUCACCUGCAAUUACAGUUAAAUCAGAUAUCUCAUCCCGUGCCGGAGCAGCCUCAUAACAACAUAUCCAAGUUCCAAAAUGUCUUCACGGAACGCGAUUUCGAUUUUAUAAACAACCAUGUCCUGCAGCUGAAGUUUCUCUCCUACGAGGAACUGCAGCAACGGAUGGCUAGUCUGGACGCGGAGAUGGAGCGAGAGAUCGACGAGCUCCGAAAGAGGUAUCAGACAAAGAGACAGCCUAUACUCGAUGCCAUGGACACCAAACGGAAGCGCCAGCAGAACUUCUAACAGUUUGGUUUCCUUCUCUACGCGAAUGAGUGACGACGAUAGACAAAACAAGGGUGUACAGUUGUAUAAAUGAAUAGAUUUUAUUCACAUCACAUCCCUGGCUUCAUCAAAGAGAAGAACAUUGUUCACCAUGAAUAUUUUACCUCAAACAACAACAACAGCAACGGACAAAACGACGUAGUGAUCGUGAAUGUUUCCUGUUUAUCCAGUAAAUCAAUGUUGCUUUUCUUUAUGAAUCUGGGGUGUUCUAGCUAGUAAUAGCUAAUAGCCUCACGUCACCAAUGUAAAUUAUUUUACGCGAUUUAGUGACGGAACAAUCAUUAUACUUAAUUUUUGUAUUAUGUUUACCUAUAUAUUUACUGUUAAAUAUAUAUCCUAUUCUUAUAGAAAUAUUACCAGGCCCGGUGUUAAGGCCGUUAGAAAGUGAAGAAGGGAGGAAAGGGAUGCAAUAGGAUUCGCGGAAGAAAACGCGUCAUGAUUACAAUCGUUUAUCGGGAGAAAAGAAAUUUUUUAUAUCCGCUUGGAAUGAAAAUCGGAAGUAUCGUAUCGUACUGUAUUAUCACGCUACGCUAGUCAUCCACAAUGCCAUUUUAUCCUGAAUAUUGCGUUAACGAAAUCAUCUCAUGUGCGAGGGGAGAGGAUGCGCGCUCACGAAAUGCACUUCGAACGAUCACAGAGCAGUUUUGAGCGUGAGAAUGUCAUAUUUAAUUAUGACAGUUUCAUAUAAGCGAACAAGGCUGUAUAUGAUUUAAUUAACUUUUUAUUCUACUGCCAUAGAUAGACUCUCUAUAUUCAUUCGUCUAACUAAUGUUAACUCUAGUUUACGUCAAUUCUCUCCGCGAGCGAUCGGAUUUACUUUUACUUGUGUUUGCAAAACACCACAAUAUGGUCACACACACAAUUCUAAAGUAAUGAAUUAUAUAUACUAUAUAUAUAUAUAUAUAUAGUAUUCUUUGAUAUGCAGCACCGAUGAGAUGCCGCAUUCUAAUGAAAUACUUCAUAAACGAACGUACUAGCUGUUAGUCUUCCGUAUUAGAAAAUAUUCCAGUACGCGCCCUAAUUUUACUCUUGUCGCAACAUGGAGAAGAAAAAAUUGUUGAAAUUGAAAUCUGAUCCAGAUUCCAAUGACGACGACGACGAUAUUUUUAGAAUCGUAUAAAAGGGUUCGUGUAACGGUAACAAUGCCUUACAAUAAUCAUUUUGUGUAUAAAAGCAUUGAAAUUUCUCACCGCAUAUUUUUUGCAAUCGUUGCGAAAUAGAUAUAUUUGUACGUGCCAUUGACGAAUGGCGGGUAAUCAUAGGGUGGAGUAAUUCUUUGCUGACGUUGGGCUAUUUUGCAAGUAGCGGAAAUAGAGCUGUAAUACUUAAAAAAUGCUAUAUAGCCAGGACUGACCUUAAUUUUUCUUCUUUUUUAGGAAGUAAUAAUACAGAAUAUAUAACGACAUAUUUUUGAUAUAGAAAGUAUGCACACAGUGAAAUAAGGUCCGAAAUCUUGAAGCGUAUAAUAGUCUUGAUCCCUUGCAAAGAAAGUGUGAACAGCAUAAUUGUCUCGAGCGUUUUAACGAAGUGCCGGGCGAACCAAAUGCAUCAUUAAAUUGCUCCACACAAUCGACGUUACGCUCCGAAUAUCGUUUUAUAUACGAAGCGCAAUAUGUAUCAUGUUACGGUCUUCUCUACAUUCUUCUGAAUGAUUUAGUCACAUAUAUAUAUAAACAAUAUCUUUCUCACGCAUUGGUUUUGGCGGUUUUAUUGUACGCGGUUCACAAUUCAUAGCAAUACAUCAUAUGCGGGACACUGAAGACCCGUGUUGACAGUCGCGAGACGCUGUUAACGCGGGCCCAGAUGUGUUUGUAAAAUGCAUUAUCUUACAUAAAAUCAUAAAGAUUUAUAAAUUAUAUAUACAUAUA